UGAGGUGAACGACAGAGUGCGAUUCACAGAGAGAGAGAGAGUGAACCGGUAGACUAUCGGGUCGCCUUCUCCGCCUCCGUCAGGCCACCGGGCAGUCAUGCCUGCGACCACGACGGCUUCACUCCCCUGUUCCUCCCACUUGCUCCGUAGACUACGUCGACAAGGCUUAAGAUCCUCCAUCCUCUCCUUCAGCUCCACUCCCAUCUCUAGAACUCACUCCUCCCCUUCUCCCCCUUCUUCCAGCUCCUCCAUUUUUGGCCAGAAGCAGAUCGCUUCUGUAAGGAAGCAGCCCCCUCAUGGCGGCCGCUCCUUCUUCCGGCCCUUCUCCCCUGUCAUGGAGUGGCAGGAAUGCACGGUUAAGGUGGAGAUUGAUGUGCCGACUUCAGUUGCCUAUAAGUGCUACUCCGAUCUUGAAGCAAUUCCCCAAUGGAUGCCUAUUAUUUCGACUGUAAAGAUAUUGGAAGACCAACCCGAUUUAUCAAGAUGGUCCCUAAAGUAUAAAGCCUUUGGUCAAGACUUCGAGUACUCUUGGCUUGCUCGGUUUAUGCAGCCAAUCCCAAAUCAGAAGAUGCAUUGGCGGUCGCUAGAAGGUGUUCCUAACAGAGGAGCUGUUCGGUUUUAUCCCAAAGGUCCCUCUUCAUGUUUAGUAGAACUAACUGUUUCGUACGAAGUGCCUCAACUUCUAGUUCCUGUGGCAUCUGCACUGAAACCUUUUAUGGCAAGCUUACUCGAACGUGGUCUCGAGCGAUUUGCAAGAUUUGCUAAAAGCCACGAGGCAAGCUAAACAACCUGACCAUCUCAUUCGUCAGUCAACCUUCAAUGUUAUGCCCUUCAAGUCGCUCAUGGCCUCCACGACAGCUGGCUCCAGAUUCAUCAGCCCGCAUGCCAUGGGAGCGGCUAGCCUGUAUGGAGAGAUGCAGUUGGCCCUGAUCCCAAAGGCACCGAGCUCACUUGCUGCUGACCGGACUAGGCCAAGCAGCCCAUGCUUCGACACAGUGUAGGGGUUGUGCCUCAUGCCGGCUGGAAUAGACAAGACACUGCCUGUGCAAACAAUCGAGCUGCGGGUUUUACUAGCCACCAUGGCCCUCGCUGCAUGCUUGAUUGCCAGAGCCGACCCCCGCAGGUUUACAGCUAGGGUGCAGUUGUACACGUCUAUGUCCAUGUCCGUGAUGCUGGCCAGUGGUCCCAUGAUUCCGGCGGUGCUGUACAUGACGUGCAAGGCUCCGUACUUCUCCACUGCAUAUGCCACCGUCUCCUUGACCUGCUUCUCAUCUCAGACAUCACAUUGCCUGUAACUAGCCCGGUCAAAGCCAACUGAACUUGCAACUUGGUGACCGACUUCAUCUUGGAUGUCAGCAAUGAUGACAUAUGCACCAUGCUCUGCAAACAGCCGUGCAGUGGCCUCGCCGGUCCCGCUGGCUGCACCGGUUAUUAUCGCCAACUUUUCCCAAGAACCCACGAGUGCCUAACACCAUGAUAUUGUAAUAUAAUGGUAUGCGCGUAGAUCAACAAUAUGAAUGUACAAAGUUAUGACCGUAUGUAUAUCCUAAUCAUCAAUCGUAAUGAUUAUACGUACAUAUCA